AUGCCUCGUGAUAUCCCAGUCGGAAACGGCUCACUCCUGUUCACCUUUGAUGACUUCUACCGCAUCCGCGAUAUCUACUCGCCGCGUGUGGGUCGCUACAACCACACUGACGGGCAUGUGCAGCGUUUCGGGGUUUGGGCCGACGGCAAGCUCUCCUGGAUCGAGGAAGACUCGUGGGAGCGUGAACUCCGCUACAAACCUGAUUCGAUGACUACUGAGGUCCAUCUGACCAAUCACGAACUCGGACUCGAACUGACUUGCAAUGACCUUGUAGACUACCACAAACCGGUCUACUUCCGAAAGAUCAAUGUCCGCGACCUCCGCGGCGCGACACGCGAUGUGCGGAUCUUCAUGCACUUCGACCUCUCGAUCAACGGCUCCCCUGUGGGUGACACCGCGAACUACGAUCCCAAUACCAAUGCGGUCAUCAUGUACAAGGAUGACUCGUAUUUCCUGAUCAACGCGAGUAGUGAUCCAACCAAAUGUGGUAUCGAGCAUUGGGCGAUCGGUGCUAAGCGUGUAGGAGGUGCCGAGGGAACUUGGCGCGAUGCAGAAGACGGGCAACUCGGACGCAACGCGAUCUCGCAAGGUUCCGUCGACGCAACCGUCGGCGUGCAUGUCCAGGUCCCUGAGUUCGGAGAAGCAGACGCAACCCUCUGGGUCGUCUGCGCCGAUACCUAUGAGCAAGCGAAGCACCACAACCAACGCGUCUGGGAGAUCGGUUCUGAUCGCUUGAUCACACGCACCGAAGCGUUCUGGAAGCUCUGGUCACGCAAGGAGCCUUUGGAUGUUUCAGUCUUACCUGAACCUAUCCGUGAUUUGUAUUUCCGUUCGCAGCUCAUCUUGCGCACACAGAUCGACAACGGCGGCGCGAUCAUCGCCGCCAAUGACAGCGAUAUCACACACUUCGCGGGUGACCAUUACUCGUACUGCUGGAUGCGUGACGGCGCUCUGGUCGCUCACUCACUGAUCCUCGCCGGACAGAGUGAACUGAGCCGAAACUUCUUCCGUUACGCUGCGGAUUGCAUCGGGGACAAGCCGUAUUUCUUGCAUAAGUACACUCCGGAAGGCGAUCUCGCAAGCUCCUGGCAUCCCUGGAUGAUCGACGGCAAACCUGUUCUCCCGAUCCAGCAAGACGAGACCGCACUGACACUCUGGGCACUGCGCCAGCACUUCAAUGAGUUCCGCGAUGUCGAGUUCAUCAAGCCGUUGUAUGUGAAUCUGGUGCUCAAGCCCGCGAAAUGGAUGCUCGAGCAUCGCGAUCACAAUGGACUCCCACUCCCUUCGUGGGAUCUCUGGGAAGAGCGACGCGGGAUCCAUACCUUCACAGUCGCCGCGACCAUCGGGGCGCUCAACGCGGCGUCCGAGUUCGCGAGCGAGUUUGGCGAAAUGGACCUCUCCGCAGCAUUCCGCGAAGGCGCCGAGCGGAUGAAAGGUGCACUCCGCAGACACUUCUGGCAUGAUGAACGCGGACACUUCGCACGAAUGGCUGUACCCCUCGAAGAUGGGAGCUAUCGCCUCGACAUGACACGAGACAGCGCGAACUUCGCAUUGUUCGCGUUCGAUGCGUUCAGUUCAGAUGAUCCACUCAUCCGAUCCGAGAUGGACACGAUGCGCGAUCGGCUCUGGGUCAAAACCGAUGUCGGCGGAUGUGCUCGAUACGAACGCGACUAUUACCACCAGAUCGAGACUGAAAACACCGACGAAGUUCCAGGAAACCCUUGGGUCAUCUGCACGCUCUGGCAGGCGCAGUACCAGAUCGAGAAAGCGGAGAGUAUCGACGAGCUCAAGCCCGCGAUGCGAUUGCUGGAGUGGACCCACCGCCGAACACGACCAUCUGGAGUGCUCGCAGAGCAGUUCGAUCCGUACUCUGGGGAUCCGAUCUCUGUAUCGCCGCUGACCUGGUCGCACGCAACCUUUGUGAGCACAUGCGUGAUGUAUGUCAAGAAACUGGAAUGGCUCAGAGCGAACAAGAAUGCAUCGGUGGAUUCUGCGAUUUAA